CACCCCUUGCAUGCCAGGUGCUAAUUAAAAAAAAAAGUUUAACUCGGGGGAACAGGAGAGAAAUCACUCGCCACUGACGUUGACCGCGGUCGGGAAUCGAACUCACCGUGGUGCUUGCUCGGUUUCAUCGCGCAGCGCGUGAGCACAUGGCUACACACGCAUCGGCAUACGUACAACGAAUUCAUAUACACGUGCGUAUUACCCUGUAUUAUACAGCAGUCGUCUGAAUUAUGCACACGCAUGCAUUAUGUAUGUUAAAGCGAUGCGUGCAUGUGUGUUAAGCGUAAAUGAUCUACUGUAGUGUGUGAGUGUGCACACGUAGCACUGCAUUUGUAAGCGAAUACACCUGUUUGUGUGGUCGUACACGUGGGUAUUUAUAUACAAGAAACUGUGCGUGCAUAUAAGGCGACCUAAAUAUAUCUUACAAAAUAGAUAAGCGCCGGGGAAAUGUGUCUCCUUCAUAUAUCUUUCCACGUAAUUGUGUUAUUAAAUAUCCUGCACAAAAAGCCAACUGCCGCACGGCCUUGUGGGAGCAAAUCAUAUGAGCAGCAUUGAUGGAAUACAAGCAAAACCCAUGGACCCAUUACGACACCCAGGAUCUCAUCAGCAGAGUCACGCCUGCUUGAAUCAACGCUGGCGAACUUCCAGAUGUUAAUAGAGGACAGGAUCCUCUCUUUAAUCGUACGGUCCCUAAUUCCAUGCAAUAUGGCAACAAAGGUUACGGCAAAAAAAUGCUGCGUCAAACUAGGACGACCCAAGAUCUUAAAGAGAGGGUCCUUGCCUCUGUUGACAUCUGGCAGUUUGCCUCCGGAUGAGCUGAGGGGGCACUGCCGGUGAUGGCGUGGCUUUGUUUCAGGAAGCAUUUGGACAGCGUUGGGUCAAUCUACCUACGGAUCAUCGGCAUCUGCAGAACGCGAGAGGGGGAAUGACCUAAAGAAGAACGGGUCCCCAGGGAAGAGGUGCAACGUGAAGGACCCCCAGGUCUCCGGUGUGACCAGUGGGAGCCAGCGAGCCGGCCGGCCGGCGCUGCCGGGAAUGGCGAGCGCGCACAAGGACCCCCUCUCCUCGGAGCCGCCCCCGCUCCCCGGGGGGGGAGCGGCGGCGGUGGUGAUCGCGGCGGCGGCGGUGGCGGCGGCGGCGUGCCUGGGGGCCGGCUGCUGCGAGUCCGCGGGCGCCGUCGGCGGAGGAGGCGGCGGCGGCGGCGGAGGAGCGGGGAAAGGCGGGGGGCCCGAGGGGCCCGGCUGCCCCGCCGUGGAGGUGGCGACGCCGACGGCCGUGGCGGCGCCGCUGCCCGCGCGCUCGCUGGCGCCCAAGGCCGGCGACGGCGGGGGUCGCGGCGGCCGCAAGGAGACGCGGCUCAAGGAGAAGGAGGGCGGUGCCUGGAUGUACAUGGAGCCCGUGCGGGGCCAGGCACGCAGCCCGCGCCCCGCCUGGCAGCCGCCGCACCUCGAGCGACAGCAGCCGGAGGAGGACGACGAGGAGGACGACGAGGAGGACGAGGACGACGACGACGAGGACGACGACGCGGGCUACGGGAUCGGCGAGGAGCGGCAGGGCUGGGUGUGGCGCAACGGCGCGCAGCGCGGCCGCCGCCGGGGCGUCCGCCAGCCCCCCGGCUCCCGUGCCGACCUCUUCUCCCGCGGCGGCGGCGGCGGCGGUGGCGGCAGCGGUGGCCGCGGCGGCGGCGGUGGCAGCAGAGGCGGUGGUGGCGGCGGCGGUGCCGGAGGCGGGCUCGGCGGUCAGAGCGACUUCGAGAGUGGAGAGGACGAGGAGGAGGAGGAGGAGGAAGAGGACGAGGAUGAGGACGACCUGGAUGAGGAUGACGAUGAUGACGAGGAUGAGGUGGACGAGGUGACGGGGACGAGGGCGGAUGGCGGGGAGAGGCGGAGUGACGGCGCCGUCCCCCCGCCGAAGAAGAAACUGCGCAAGAAACGGCCGCCCUUGGACGAGUCAGGUGAGACCGCCGUGCACCCCGGCUGCCCGUUGCAGGGCCCGGCUGCUCCUCAUUCUUUCGCGGCUUGCGAGAAGCCGUGGCGGGGUGGAGGCUGCAGGGGCUCGCCUCCCCAGGUGCGCACGCGGACGGGCGGGCGGGCGACGGAGCGUUGACUGGAAUGCGGGAGUGACGUAUGAAUGGGCAGUCGCGGGACCGGUUCUCCGGGGAGAUUUCAGCGCUCCCGUCCGGCGUCGUGGGCUCGCGAAGCCGCUGCCGCCGUCGCACGACGGCCGUUGCCGAUCGCGUGGCUCGUGUUCAGGCCCUUGCGAGCGCUCGCUUCACUUUCUGUUCCGGGGGGGGAAAUUCAAUUUGGUGCCCUGGCAGGGUCGUUGAGAUCUGCCGAUCGUGCCCCUUUAAUGCACGAACCUCGAUCCCGGUUGCGUUCUUGGGGUGGUCCGGCGUUUUCUGUGGUGCCCCCCCCCCCCGCCGAUGUGGAACUUCCUGCCGUGGGAGAUCAGGCUCUCGGAUCAUCGUGUUGAGAUCUUUAAAUCAUACUUCGUUUUGUCCCACUUUGGCUCUCAUCCCGCCACUCAGUUCUUUCUUUACCAUCUUUCUCCUUUUCACGCACGAAGCCGUGAGUGUUUUUUUCUUUCUUCACGGAAGGUUCCUUGUAAGUGCUGAAUUGUUAUUAAUCAUUCUGGCUCAGUUACGGAACUGACACGUGCUACCGAAACGCAAGAUCAGAGGGGGGCUGGUGUUUCUCAUUUUCUCUUCAAACUAGAGGCAUGGUCCACCUCUAACCACGCACUUAAGGCCACGGCCAGUCCAUGCGGGGUGGCCCUGUGCCGGCGACAUGGCAGGCUUCUGUGGGUGAGCGAUGAAAUGCUGCUCUGCUCAUCAACACCGAUGCGGUUGCCUCUCACCACUUUGCUGAGAAUGUUUAGAAUAUGAAACAUGUUUUUUCCUGAUGUAGGUUAGCUUCUUUUUUUCAUAUUUUCAUAUUUUGGUAUCAGCAGCGAGCAAUUAGGCACUGCUGAGUACAACAACACACGUAGCAACACGAAACAGCCAAAAAUAUAUAUUUGUAAAACAUCACAACUGAAUGUGUCAUGUCCAUGCACUAAUCUAAUCGGAUUGGCAAACAUCCACACUCUAGACAAAUAACAAUAUCCAAGGCGCAGAGCUUGAUAAUCAUUAUCUAACUAUUACACAACCAGCGAAGCAAUUUUGUAAAUAUGCCGUUUACUACGUUAUGCAUGCACAACGUUCGUGUGUGCGCAGCGUCGAUGGUUAUCUUUGCACACUCGUGGAUAAUUCCUUACGAGGACAUGGGCGCGCGAGAUGUUUUGUCAAGCGUCUCUUAAAAGCCUGGUGGAAAUCACUUUGCCCAUCGUCACAGCUUACCAUUUUUUUAUUUCCGUCCUUCUCCGAGAGGCCGGUCAGACCGGGCACGCGAAUUCCUCGCGCGAAGUGGGCGGCGGCUAAAGCCGGCCAGACUCUUCCGCGGCAAUAAGCGCAGCGAGUGCGACUGAAGCGGAGAUGUCGGCGAUUGGGAUGAACAGCCGCUGUCGGUGGCGGGGCCGGGGGUUCGGGGGUUCCGCCUUCGAGUGGGCGGAGGAAAGUGGGGGCCUCUUGGAGCGCACUACGGCACGGAGUGCCUCGCUACCGCCCUGGGUGACUGCGGUCGCGGGGAAAUGAACCCCUUUAAUUGCAAAGGGGCUCGGUUGCUGCUCGUCGCGCGCCGCACACUCUGCUUCAGCCGUCAUUGACUCGGUCCGCGCAGGGGCCCGGCCUGGGACGGGGCUGAAGGGGAAUGUUAGGAGCGCCGUGCGCGGCGUGGUGGCGGUGGUGGCACGGAGAGUGGAGAGGCGCCGCCCUCGCCGUCCAGAGGCGCCGGCUCCGCGGUUACCGCUGGCCGCGCCAUCGGCCGAUGCAUUCCUCGGCAACAAAAAAAAACACUCAGCCUAGUCAAAUAAAAAUACAAGUCGGGCAACCUGUCAUGGCGCUCGUUAAAUCUUGAUCGUCCUAAUAUGGCCGCGCUGCUCGGGAUUUUACACUCGCAGGGGCCCAAUAAUCCUGGCGCCAUGAAUCAUGGCGACUUCGCACAGGUUAAUGCAAUCCAUUUUCCCUUCUCGGAUGUUUGUUUUUUUACUUUCUGAAAGAAAGACGCCGCUCCGUCGUCCGUGCCGGCGAUUCUCCUCGCCUUGGUACGCCCAGGUGAGGCUUGUUCCCUGCUAGAUUUCGGUCGGUGAAAAUUAACCCCCAAAAUUCCCCGUGCUUGCCGGAGAUGAAUACCCGCGGAUUAGCAGAGUGCAGCUUUCGUCAGCGGGGCGGCUGCCCGUUGUGACGUGGGUGCCACUGACAAAGUUGCGGCCAUUAUUGGCCGAGCGUGGCCAUUACCUGCCCAGCGGUGGGUCUCGUUUAAUUUCGCUUGAGGCGCGUAACGGAAUCGGCGUUGAAGCCGCUCGAUGUCUGCCGCAGAGAAGAGGGCUCAUCUAGCUCGCGCUGGGGUUGAGCGUGAUGAUAACUCACGCAAAAAAAACUCUAUCGCGCUAGAUAAUAACACUGUGGCCUUAAAAAAAUUAUUGGCAAUGUUCCAAACCGAUGGCCCUUCUUCAUUGGCACCUCCGAUUAGCGCGUUUGGCAACGUAUGGUGUGAUAGAAGUCCAACAUACUGGGGCAUACGGAAAUGGCACAAAUGCGAUCUGCUGUGAAGAAUAUGCUCUGGAGGGGGAAGCCCAUUGCCCGAAAACCUCACCUCUUUAAAUAUUUUUUUUCAUUUAUGGCCGCGUUUUGAGCUUUUUUUUUGGCGUCAUCCGUGCGCCACUUCCAACGUAGCAGCGAACGAGAAUGAGUUGUGUUUACGCGAUGGAAAUUGGGUUGUUUUGUCGUUGCCGCCGUCCACCGCACACCGAUGCUCCUCGGCGCCGUCGCCGCCACGUCGCGCCGAUUGAGCGAUCGCGUUGCGGUGAAUACCUGGGUUGCCCUUUGGGGGUAUGGGGGGUUGGAGUAGGUGAGGGUGGGGGCAGUGCGUGAAUCUGGGAGGCAGGGAGCGAAGAUAAAGCAGACGAGCCACUCAAAGCGGGGAAAUUAAACUCCCCGGGUAGAGUCCGGGACGUGCGUGUGAAUUAAGCGAUUACGUGAGGAAUAAAAAAAACGCCACGGGCGAUCACCGCUACAUCGCGCAUCCAGCUUCGCGCGGGGCAUUGCCGCUAAAUUUAGAAAGCGCGAGAGGAGGAGGAGGAGCAGGAGGAGGAGGAGGCGUUGCCGGCGGGGGAAACCUCGGGGUUCGUGGGUCGCCGUCCGUCACCACGGAGCGCGCGCCUAGCCCCUCUGUCGCUCCUCCUCUGCGUCCACCGACGCGGAGCGCGGCGAGCGACGUUGCGGCGAUUCCAUUUCUCACUGAACAUUGUCCGGGUCCCUGGCAAGGCUGCGGCAGGUGAGGCACGGCUGGAUGCGGUGUGCUGGGUGGCACAGCUCGAGAAGAUAAUCCAGCAUACCGGUGCGCGUUAGACCGGUGUGUGUUAGACCGGUGUGUGUUAGACCCGUGUGUGUUAAAUCCGUGUGUGUUAGACCAGUGCGUGUUAGACCGGUGCGCGUUAGACCGGUGCGCGUUAGACCGGUGCGUGUUAGACCGGUGUGUGUUAGACCGGUGUGCAUUAGACCGGUGUGUGUUAGACCGGUGUGCAUUAGACCGGUCUGUGUUAGACCGGUGUGUGUUAGACCGGUGUGUGUUAGACCGGUGUGCAUUAGACCGGUGUGUGUUAGACCGGUGUGUGUUAGACCAGUGUGUGUUAGACCGGUGUGUGUUAGACCGGUGUGCGUUAGACCGGUGUGCGUUAGACCAGUGUCCAUUAGACCGGUGUGCGUUAGACCGGUGUGUGUUAGACCAAUGUGUGUUAGACUGGUGCGCGUUAGACCGGUGUGUGUUAGACCGGUGCGCGUUAGACCGGUGUGUGUUAGACCGGUGUGUGUUAGACCGGUGUG